AACUGAAACUGCGCGUAUAACUCAAUUGCCUAUCACCUUUUCUCUCACUCAAUUUUCAUCCCCAAUCUCAACUGUAGAAAAUCCACACACUUCACGGUAUGACUUCUCUCUCUCACUCUGCGUUUGGUUCCCGAGAAAAUAAAAUAAGAGGGGUAAAGGAGGAUUGAGAUCUCAACAACUGUCACUCUCUCCUCGUCCUGUUUUCUUUUCCAGUUUCAUCUGCUCUUUCGUUUUCCUGGGAAUCAAACGGAAUUUUAAUUUCUUUUUCUUUUUAAUUCGAUAUUGUUUUGAAAAUUUUGUUUUGGCGGUGGUAAUUUGAUGCGAAUCAGUGAUGAAUUUUAGGUGAUUUUUUGGAGUUUUUGGUUGAUUUAAAAGAGAUGACCAAAGAACACCCGCCGGAGCCUCUCGAUUUCUUCAUUUGGACUGUUGAGGAUGUUGGUAUGUGGUUGGAAGAGAUAAAUUUAGGUGGCUAUCGCCAGAUUUUCAAAGAAAAUGGUGUCAAUGGAGAAUACCUGGAAGGCAUGUCUAUGUUCACAACUGAACAGAUUCUUCGGUUUAUAAGGCGAUGCCAUAUGAAGUGGGGUGAUUUCAUCACACUAUGCAAGGAACUCAGACGAAUAAAAGUUGCUUGCUUAAAAGGAGAGCAAAAAGUUCGCAGGCCAUGGUGGGCUCCUUCUUGCCUCUCAGUACUCUUUGUCAAGGUAGCAAAACGCAACAGACAGUCACGAGUUGUUUCCUUGAAGCUGGAACCAUGAUGCAAAUGCAAAACUUGCUUAUAUGUACGUAUAUGUAGUUUUUCCUUUCCCUUUUCUUUUCCUCUUCCAGGGAGCCCAAAAAUAGGGAAAAUCUCAACUUUGUCUUAAAUUCUAUCAAGAUGUUGUCAAUAGUUCUCCUUGGAGAACUCCUUUUCGUAUACAAGUCUUUUUAUUUGUUUGAUUUUGUUGAUUUCUUAGUUGUACACUAUGUCUUGAUCUGUGGAGCAGAACACCAUUUGUGGUCAUAUCAAGGAAAUGGUGUAUCUGGUUACACCGCUCUAAGGCAUUUUCACCAGGAAUUUUAUGGCAAUAUAGUGCUGAUGAAUUUUUUUUAAGAACAUGGGUUUCUGUUAUUGGUGUAUCUUAUGUUUGAUCUGUAAGCUUCUGAAACCCUCAACUCCAGUUUCUCCUUUGUUAAUGACGGUUUUCUUGGAUAUGGUAUGAGAAAUAAUAAUACUGAAAUUCUUCA